AAGAAGAGAUGUCUGGAUUCCUCACCUUGAGUUUGAUUCUGGCUUUAACAGCUCUCACGAUGUGUAAAGCUCAGCGCAGACUCUUUCCCAGCGAGUCCAAAUCAGGUGUCUUGUGUCUGAAUGGAGGAUCAUCUCUAUCUUCUCUGUCUGGUCGGCAUCUUCUCUGUCUCUGUCCUGAAGGCUUCAGGGGCUCCAGAUGUGAAACAGACACAUCGGUCUCCUGCUUCGAUGGAAUUGGUCAGCUCUACGCGGGACCCGUGUCCAAAUCAGCCAGUGGGAGGGAAUGUCUGGAAUGGGAUUCAGAGAAAGUCCGUGAAAUUGGAGUUUAUCCCAAGAAUCCGAUCCUGGGUGGACACAAACACUGCAGAAACCCAGACUUCAGCCGCAGACCGUGGUGUUUCGUAAAGACGCCAUCCGGGAUCAUGAAAGAGGACUGUGAUAUUCCACGCUGCACAAAAGAUCCCGGAUCUGAUCAGGACAGUCUGGCAGUUUCACACUCAGGCUGGAGGUGUGGUCAGGGGGAGGGGCGGAGCAUGAAGGUAGUGGGCGGAGCUCUGAGCACGGUGGAGAGACACCCAUGGAUGGCGGCGGUUUUCAGCAGAAAUUCUCGCGGGAGAUUUUUCACCUGCGGAGGGAGUCUGAUUUCACCCUGCUGGAUCCUGACGGCCGCUCACUGCUUCCCUGAUGGAGCUCAGACCAGUGUCCAUAAACUGUCAGUAGUUCUGGGAAAGAAGGCCAUAAACGAGACGGAUGUUCAGAACGAGCAGGAGUUCAGGGUUUCUAAACUCUUCAUCCACGAACACUUCGACAACACCGAUGGAAACUUCAACAACGACAUCGCUUUGUUAAAGAUUCGUGGUUCUGACGGCCGCUGUGCUAAAGAGUCUAGUUUGGUUAAGACGGUCUGCAUUCCUGGACCCAAUGAGUCGCUCAGUGAUGGGACGUCCUGUGCGGUGACGGGAUACGGCAGAGAACAUGAAGGGUCCUGGUUUUACUCUCAGUAUCUCAAAGAAGCAAAGGUCAGGAUUUUGUCUCAGGAUUUGUGUUCGAGUAAAGCGUAUUACGGCAACAUGAUCACCGAGAACAUGCUGUGUGCUGGCAGCCCAGACUGGAGCUCAGACGCCUGUAAGGGUGACUCUGGCGGGCCGCUGGUCUGUCGUGUCCAGGAUCGAGUGUUUCUCUUCGGUGUGGUCAGCUGGGGUGAAGGAUGCUCCAGACCGUUUCGGCCUGGUGUGUAUGCCAAAGUCAGCAACUACUACCACUGGAUCCUGGAGAAGAGCGGCCUGACCACACUCUCAUGAUCACACACACACUGUUGAAGUCGGAAUUAUUCGCCCCCCUGUAUAUUUGUUCCCCAAUUUGUGUUUCACGUGGAGAAGAUUUUUUUAAGCGCAAUUCAAAACAUACUAGUUUUAAUAACUCAUCUCUAAUAACUGAUUUAUUUUAUCUUCGCCAUGAUGACAGUAAAUAAUAUUAGACUAGAUAUUCUUCAAGACACUAGUAUUCAGAUUAAAGUGACAUUUAAAGGCUUAACUAGGUUAAUUAGGGUAAAGUUAGGGUAAUUAGGCAAGUCAUUGUAUAACGAUAGUUUGUUCUGGAGACUAUCCAAAACAAAUAUAGCUUAAGGGGGCUAAUAAUAUUGACCUUAAAAUGGUGUUUAAAAUAUUAAAAACUGCUUUUAUUCUAGCCGAAAUAAACCAAACAAGACUUUCUCCAGAAGAAAAAAUAUUAUAGGAAAUACUGUGAAAAAUUCCUGAAUCUGUUCAACAUCAUUUGGGAAAUACUUGACAAAGAAAUUCACAGGAGGGAGAAUAAUUCUGACUUCAGCUGUAUAAACUAUUGUCUCACAGUAGUUCGUUUACUGUAGGUCAAUUACUUAUAAUCUGCUAGUCAGUACUGUACUGCAUGUAAGUAAGUAUUAAUUAGGAAGUAUUAUUUUCCAUUGUUUUUAAACUGUUCAGUGUAACUUUGAGGUCAUUUGUCUCAUUUCUAUUUUAAUGUUAUAUUGUUGUGUAACUAUAUGAUACUGGCCAAGUCAGACAAAGGCCAAUAAACCUUUUUAAAAAAUA